UGAUAUUUUCAAUUCCGCGUCUUUCUCUGUAGAAAUCGAAAAGAUCUUGACAGAAUCUGAAAUUUCAAAUCUCAUUUUUUUUUUCAUUUCAAAUUAGAGCAGUCUUUUACGAUUUCUUAAGGGUUUUGUAUUGAAGUACGAAGCUUUGAAAAGGAGAUAAAUCAAUGGCGGGUUACAGAGCUGAUGAUGAGUACGAUUACCUUUUUAAGGUUGUUUUGAUUGGUGAUUCGGGUGUGGGCAAAUCCAAUUUGCUUUCGAGAUUCACCAAGAACGAGUUUAGCCUCGAGUCCAAAUCCACGAUCGGCGUUGAGUUCGCGACUCGUAGUUUGAAUGUUGAUGAUAAAGUCAUCAAAGCCCAGAUUUGGGAUACUGCUGGUCAAGAAAGGUAUCGAGCCAUCACUAGCGCGUACUAUCGAGGAGCUGUUGGUGCUCUUCUUGUGUACGAUGUAACCCGACACUCAACAUUUGAAAACGUUGAGACGUGGCUAAAAGAACUCAGAAACCACACUGAUCCAAACAUUGUCGUCAUGCUCGUGGGCAACAAAUCUGACCUUCGCCAUCUCGUGGCUGUUCAGACAGAAGAUGCUAAAUCAUUCGCAGAGAAAGAAUCUCUCUACUUCAUGGAAACCUCAGCUCUAGAAGCCACUAAUGUCGAGAACGCUUUCGCGGAAGUCCUCACUCAGAUUCACCACAUUGUGAGCAAGAAGGCGAUGGAAGCUGCUAGCGAAUCCGCUAAUGUUCCAUCGAAAGGAGACAAGAUCGAUAUCAGCAAAGAUGUUUCCGCUGUGAAGAAAGGCGGAUGCUGCUCUAACUAAUGAGAGAGUAGAAUUAUUGUUAACGACCCUGAGGAUCAGUUUUUGUUAACGGUUCUUUUCGAAUAUGAAGAUUGCUUUUAGGUUGAUUAAUGUCAUUUUGGUGUACUUCUGUUACUUAUAUAAUUUUUACCAGUGUUAUUGUUUCAAAUUGCUUUGUCAAA